CUACACCAACUAAGCUAUUUCCAAGCACAUCGCUCUCACUUCCUCCCGGAUCAUUGGCAAAAAAAUACCUACUCAACUCUGGUCUAUAUAGAGUUACGGCGGUCGAUAAAAUCCAUAGACCCAUAGUCUCCUCUAUCAGCUACAUAUAUACUGAGAUCAUGCAAUACCGCUGAAUGGCAUCCUGGAGUGGAACAUCGUUAAUCGAUGAACGCACAAAAGUCAAGGACGACCAUAUCUCCCCCGAAGACUCACAUGCUGCCACAUGUGCGCUGCCAACCGGCGUCAUGAGCGAGGCGUUGACAGAUCUCCCCGGCACAGGCUUCAUUACCAAUUUCGAGCCUCAGCCAUCUCAACCGGCCCCGGCGAACGAUGAAUUCGGCUCCGGCACAAGCACUAUCAUUAGUGUACAUCCUCCGCCUCCUGAGGUGCCGAGUGCAUACAUGUCAUCUGUUUUCAAAAGUCCGAAAAAUACUCGGGCAACUCUUCUCAAUUUACCUCCUGAGCUCCGCCAGGAGAUCUAUGAUCACCUGUAUCCAUCUCAACUGACCCACGUCAUCUUUUCCCACACCAAUCACAAAGGUAGCUCGGGACCCCACUACGUCUUCCAGGGCUGCAAAGCACCUGACCCAUUACUCCCACAACUAUGCAGUCGGCCCCCGUUCUCCGGAUCCUUUCCAGAUCCAGAGAGGUGCACACAGGUUGAGCACGCAGAUGCAUACGAUCUGCGACUCGCAGAGACCUGUGUCGUGCUACGAGCUGAGGUUCUAAGACGAAUAUGCUACAGGAUGUCGAUCGCCGCUGCAGAACGUUUCUUCAAGCACUAUGGCAACGAAUGGAAGAGCAACAUUCACCACUUGACCCUUACUUGCGAAGGACACUCGGAUUCCAAGUACUGGGAUCUCGGCAGCGCCAUCGGACUAGUCCAGUCCAUCGUGCUGCCCAACUUGGAGAGUCUGAACACGCAAACACGGAGAUACACAUCAGAAGAACGAGUCCGCGACCUCUUCCUACCAGAUGGAGAGUUUUCGAAACGUAAUUGGUUGCAGAUGGAGUUCAACCGUGCUGUGCGAUCCAGAACCAGGAAGCCUUCUCUGUUAUGUGGACACUACUACCAAUGGGAAGUUUUCCCUCGCCGUACAUUGUCACCAACUCCGCUAAUAUCGAUAUGCGUGGAGUGGUGGUAUCGAGUGUGCCCACGCCGUUGGACUCAUUCGCACAUUGAGGACCAUGAGAUGCUGAAAGUGCGGACCGCCGUCCCGGCAGGUGGGUUCACUGAUCCCGAAUUGCAGCAAUUUUGGGACACGAUCAGCGAGAUGAGCAUGGAAAAGUUGCACACAGCGGCGGGGUGGAGGGCGUGGCAGAGUUAUUAUGAUUAUGUUCAUUUCUCGUUGGCGGUGUGGAGUUUGAUUGGGCGUGGGGUCUUGACGAAGUACAGGAUGUAUCGGUCGGGGUUUCAAGCGUUGCGUUCCAAGUCGUCGUGCAUGCACACGCGCAUGCUCUUAUACCGCAGACUGGAUCGCGAAAAUCUCAUGACUGACUUGCGUCGUACAGUACGCCGGUCCCAGUUCAAAUAUCCAUUGCUGUGCUGACCAUUACGCUGCGCCUUAUUGAAAAUGGGCAGACAACGCGAGCUUGGAGAGUAUGCGUGAGAGUGUAUUAUUGAUACAAUUUUCGAUCUAUUGGUAGCGAAAUCAGCUGAUGGGGAUACGAGAAACUAAAGCCUAAAAGUCGUCGUGAUGCUUGCGUAGCAUGGUGGGGUGAUGGUCACGUUUUCGACACCCGAGCUCAUGUUCGUAUU